AUGAGCUAUGCCCUUCGCUCUCUCAGCGUCGGCGCACGACAAUUGCAAUUCUCGACGACGACGAUAACUUCAAGACAUACGAUCCUUCACAGACUACCUUCUUCUUCAUCACCAAGAAUACAUCUACAGCCUCUCCAAUGCCGUCGUAAUUUCUGGUCCAAACUGUUCGGCAAGAAAAAAAAAGUCGAACCGAUCAAUCCUGAAGAUGCAAAAUUCAUCUACCCCUCCUCCCUCUGCCUCUACACCGCCGGCCGUCGCACAAUCUGGGUCGGCUGCAUGAAGCUCGUCUCAUGCUACCCAUUCCUCCUCACAGUCUUCUACCUGGGUCCCAACCUCAAACUCAACUGGCCAGCCCUAUAUACCUUCCCCAUCCUCCAAUCCCACCCAAACCUCACAGCAGCCGCGGUCCUCACCUUAACCGCCCUCCCAAUGGGUAUGUUCUACCUAGCGGCACCCUACGUAACCCACAUGUUCAUCAAAAUCCCGCCGUACGCGCGAGUUUCCAAACCUGCGGUUAUGAAUUGGGUUAAAACGGGUCUGACGGAGGAUACUAAGUUGAGGUUGUUCACUAUGAGGUUCUUGGGGAGACCGAAGUUGGUGGAGGUGCCGAUUGGGGAGUUGAGGAUUGUUAGGAAGAGGCUUGGGUGUGUGAAUUUGGAGUGGGGGUAUAAACAGAAGGAGAAGCCGAGGGUUAGUCAGUUUUAUGUGGAGAGGAAGAUUGGAAGUGGGAAGGGAGGGCAUGAGGCUUUCUUUGAGGUUAUGGGGUGGAUUGAGGAGAAUUCUGCGAGGAUGGAGAAGAAACUGAUAGGUGGUGGUGGUGGUGGGGUUUCUGAGGCCAUUGCUGCGAGUAAUACUAAUAAUGUGAAGAACAGUUCUAGUUCGAUAUUGAAGGAGGUUAAAACGAAGAAAGGACCGAUCAAGAGAAGGUGA